AUGGCGCGUGCACUGCGUCCCCGCAAAGCGAGACCUAGCUAUGCUAACCUCAUUGACUCGGACAACGAAGCUGCACAUGAUGAUGGAGAAGCUAGCAGUGAUGAUUUCCAACCCCCAGAGGACCAAGAGGAUAACGAGGAUGAUGCAGCACUUGACGAAGCGGAUGGCGAAACUCUUCAAGGCGAGGGCGCUCUAGUAGAUGAGGACAACGAUAUUUCCAUUGUUGAAGAGGUAUCUAAGAGUACAAAGGUGCGAAAAGCCAAGCAGCCGGGAAAACAGAAGUCAAUGCCUGCAAAGUCUCCGAGGCCUUCAGCUGCUCUUGCACGUCCAACUAGCCGCCCGCAACAUGUUAUUUCUACAUCUGCUUUGGAUCACAGGCAACGAGCCGAUCCGCUGUAUUUGCGCCCUUCGCUCAUUGAGCGACUUACCCAACCCCCUUCGCCGUUCAAACCACCCGUCACUCGUUCCACCUUGAGCUGGAAUUUCAACAAAUUGAACGCAGAAAAGUAUAUGAAAGCGAGCGGAUACAAUGUAGGGCGAGGUCCUAUCUGGGAACUGUUGGAAGAUAGAUCUUGGUGGAAAGAAUCAGAAACUGUGAAUAAGGAUGAUACAGAGACAGAAACAACUCGAAGGACGAGGGUAUACGAGUCCGUCAAGAUAAAUGAUGGAGACCUCGAAAGUAUCAGUGAACAAGAAGCAAGAAAGUAUUUGCCGGGAGGGGCUGAUAGUUUCAAUGAAUUCUCGAAGGUCUCCAUCAAAUGUUCUUUUGGCAAACCUGGAAAGAGUGUCCAUAAGGAAAUAGACAUGCUGGACAGCUUCGAAAUCGAAGAUGAUGCUUUUGGGCAGAAGGCGCUUGUCUUCUUCGCUGGUGGCCCAGUCUGGGGCCUUGAUUGGUGUCCGAGCUAUUCUCAGGAUCGAUCCCAUCGACAUCAUAAACAAUACCUCGCGGUUGCACCUUUGCCGUCAAAUGUGCAUGCACCGUUGAUCGGACGUAAAUGCCGCCGUCCAUUUCCUUCAUGCAUACAGAUCUGGAGUCAUUCACCCAGACGUUCCGAUUCUUCAUCAGAAAUGAAUGGACAAAGUAGCGAGGCUGAUGAUGAUUUUGGUCAGACAAAGUGUGAGCUAGUACUGUGCUUGGACUGUGGGCCAGCGCACGAAAUUAAAUGGUGCCCUCUGCCUUCCCAUGACUCCUGGUCAAACUCAUCUCCGUCUGGCAAGAGAAAAUUAGGUUUACUAGCAGGGACGUUUGAGGACGGCUCGCUAAGUAUCUUCGUUGUCCCUGACCCGGAUGACUUGAGCUCUGGCUUAGAGGAGCGUCCGAAAUUUGUGAAAAUUCAACCGGUGAUACAAUUAGAACUAGAGGAAACAUGCAUGUGGUCUCUAGAUUGGGCCAACAGCGAGCGGAUAGCGGUAGGAUGCACAAAUGGUUCUAUCGCCGUUUAUAAUAUUCACGAAGCCCUCGUAAAAGAUUCCACUCGAGAUUCAGAGAUCUUGCCGACCCAUUAUCUCUCCAUCCACCAAUCCGCCGUUCGCUCAAUAAAAUGGAUUCCAAUACCUAGCGCCGCCGCAGACGGCUCUUUGAAAUUCACUCACUCUCCAACGAAAAUCGCGAGUGGUGGUUAUGACGGUUGCGAGAUUGUAACUGAUUUAAGAGAUGGGUGGGGGUGUAUUCUAAACAGGACUAGAGAUGUCGUACUUGCUAUGACGUAUUCGAAUUUUACCGAGGGUGUCGUUACUAUAGAUCUCGACUACAGUGUCAAGACGUAUGCGAUGGCCCCGGGUAUCCUCGGUCGCGGUAAUAUUGUUAUUGAGUCAGGAGGACCGGUCUGGAGUCUGCAUGCGUCUGACUACCAUCCCCUCCUCGCUCUUGGUUCAGCCGACGGCUCCUUGUUGACAACAAACAUGCUCAGAGCUACUAGACGCAGCCCCACUACGCCUUUCUUAUACUACAAAAUCUAUCAAAUAGACUACAGUAGAAAUGGUGGGGAGUAUAGGAUGUUGGAUCACUUCCUCCCUCAGGAGAUACCCGAUAAAUCUAGCACUUCAGUCUCGAAAAAGGGAAAGAAAGAAGCAACGGCCGAGGCAGUGCCUCCUAGAACAGGUGCUCAAGGCGCAGGUGCUUGGUCGCCAGAAGUUUCUGUUACUCGCGUUGCAUGGAACAAUGGAGGCGGACUUGCACGUGCUCCUUUGCUUGCUUCUGCAACAGCAUCUGGGCUAUGUCGAAUCGAUUGGUUAUUAGGGCAUUUUCAGGAUGGGGAACUACCAUACCGCGGUGCGCAAGAAAGCCGGAAUGAAGUAAAUACAGAAGACAAAAUGGAAGAAGAUGUUGAUUAUUGAAGGCCUGCGCAAGGAUGUCGAACAAGAACUGGAUCAGGAAUGCAACAAAGAAACUAUCUGAAUGCCUUUCCCCAACCGUCUCUGGAGUCGCCAAACGGUUCUAAAUUAUCUCAAGCAUUGUUUCACCUAGAGGGGUCUCUCUCUUUACUAUGUCUCGACAAGACUCAAAAGGGCCAAGGUCGUGUUUGUCGCCAUUUCCACCUUGUAUCUAGGUCAAUCUGUUCAAGGAACGCUUCGAAUUUGUGUUAUCAAGAGUACCACGUCUAUUGGCCACGUCUAAUUCUGAUCCAUUAGGCAGGUUGGCGCCCUAUAGCGACAAAAUGUUUAUAACUUGCAAUACCGUACUUUCGCAGAACAUACUUCUCGAUGUAGUCUUGUAGCAUGAUCUGAUACGGCAGGAACCUGGACUACAAGGCACUUGUGUCCUGUUUCAGUGCAUCGUUCACAUGCACCCGACGAGUUGGGUUCCUUGUUGCACUAUUUUCAAACGAUCAUCAGAGAGAGGUCAGGCGUUUAUGGAUG